AUGGCAGCCGCGCAGGGGGCCGUGAUCGCGUGCCACACCAAGGAUGAGUUCGACGCCCAGAUGGCCAAGGGCAAGGAGGCCGGCAAGCUGGUGAUCAUCGACUUCAUGUCCCCCUCGUGCCCUUUUUGCCUAGAGAUUGCCCCGGUGUACGCGGAGUGGGCCAAGAAGUUCCCUAGCGCUGUCUUCCUCGAGGUUAAUGUUUUCGAACUCAAGGAAGUUGCUAAGAGCUACAACAUCCAGGCGGCGCCGACCUUCGUCUUCAUCAGGGACGAUCUGACGCUGGAGAGCUUUGUUGGUGCCUAUCCAGAUAAGCUCCGCAACACCAUCAAGGAGUUCAUCGACAACACUUCUGCAGCCUCUGCGUCGUCCGCCUAA